AUUACAGCCAAUCUCAAAGGACAGCUACGACGGUCAUACACAGCGCUACUUGGUUUUACUGCCACCUUUGAGGAUUCAAGGCAGCGGAGCCGCAGCCAAGAGAUGAACACUAGCGUUCCUGCGCUCCAAGCGCAUUCGGUUGAUGCCGGCGUUAUCACAGAGUCAGUUUUUCUCUGUAUUCUUGCUAUUGUCGUCAUCUUUGGUAAUGUACUCGUCUGCAUAGCUUUUUACCGCGACAGAAAGCUGCGAACGACUACAAACUGUUUCUUGGUCAGUCUUGCUAUCGCCGACAUUGCGGUGGGUUCGUUCUCGUUACCUUACUGGAUUUACUUCAGAAUAGUUAUGCCGCCAACCAACAGCGUCAUUUACCAAAUCUACAUAACCUAUGACAUCAUGUGUGGAACAGCAUCUAUCAUCAACCUUGUAACUAUCAGUCUAGAAAGGUGUCUUUCUGUCACACAGCCAGCCAUUCAUCGUAAUUUGUCCGAUUCUACUAUCACUACAAGCAUAGCUGGAGCAUGGAUUUAUGCCCUAACUGUAGGAAGCUUGACUCAUAUAAAGAACUCCCAGGGGACCUGGUACCCACUAUUCGUAAGCAUCGCAAGUUUUUUCCUUCCUCUUUUUAUAAUUUUAGUCAAUUACGUCAUUAUAUACAGAAUUGCACAUCGCCGGGCGAGGAAAAGAAAGUCUAGAUCUCUCAAACGAGAGAUCCGCAUAGCAGUGACAUUAGGAGUUGUUAUUAUGGCCUUUAUUGUUGCUUGGUUACCGUUCUUUGUGUUGUUACUCGUGUCAGUGUACUGUGGUAUUUGCCGCGUUCCCAAAGCCAUAUAUCCGCUGGUCAAGUGGAUGCACUACAGCGGUUCAAUGGUUAAUCCUAUUAUAUAUACUUAUCGUAACGAUGAAUUCAAACGAUCGUUUUUGAAGAUAUUAUGCGGCUGGAGAGAAGAGAAGCCAUCAAUACACGAUAAACUAUGUAAUAAUGAUGCUUCCUACAAGGCACUGUGUGCAAAGUGCAAACGGUCAAGUAGUAACUGUAACUGUCCAAUGGAAAGCAAUGGUAGUACCAAAGCUCUAAAUAGCGAAACACAAAGACAUCGGUCAUCUACUGGACAAUUUUCAUCGCAUUGUGACAGAUCUUGGAACAAUGGUAACGCUGGCAGCCCAACAAUUAUCGGCUGUGACAAUCACAGUGAUCAAAUUUGAUAUUGGUGUUUUUCAGCAUCUAGAAAAUAUGGUCACGCCAAUGCCAGCGAAUCGAUACACAAGGUAUAAAUUACAAUAAAUCUGUUGAUAAAACUAGUGUUUACAGUAAAAGCAUGGUAUGAUACAAUGAUACAUACCGUAAGCUGCAUUUUCUUGCAGAAUUCAGAUUUAUCAUAAUAACGAACAUUUGCUUAAAAUGACGUCAUGAUGAAACUCAAAUGUCUCAUCAUUAUCAGCAAAACCGUGUGUUUUUCUUUCCUUAUCUUUCCUUAUAUUAUGUUUUUUUCUAAACAUCUUCAAAUUCAGAUUCAAAUUUAUGCUUUUGUUGGAAACCCUCUGGCAAACCACUCCUAUGUCGAUGUCGGUCUCACAUCUAACACUUUUGUUCACUGCAUUGUCGGAGGUGGAAGGUCUUUCAAUUUUGAAGGAGCCAUUAGACUGUCUUAAAAAUAACUCAUUUCUAUACUAUGAAAAAUAUAGAAAAAAA